AUGCUGAAACAUCUGGCCCGGUCGCCCGCAAGGACAGUAGCCCUGGGCAAGUAUCUGCUCGCCCUUGCCAACACACAGCAGCAGCAGCAACAGCAACAACAGUCUGGCGGUAACGUCAAGAAUGGAACCGCACCUAAGCCGUCCGCGAAGAGGAGGAGGUUGCAUUUCCUGUACAUCCUGAACGAUGUCUUCUUCCAUGUCAAGAACCGCACACAAGACCGAAGCUUCCUCGAUGAGCUCGCGCCGCUCCUCCCAGCCCUUUUCAAGAGUGCUGCGGCAUUCACCAAUGUUCCCAAGCACGAGAAGAAGCUACUCGACCUGAUCCAACUGUGGCAACAGCAAGAAUAUUUCCCAGACCCGCUCGUCGAUCAACUGCGCGCAGCAGUCGCAGAAGGACCCAAGUCCACAAAAUCGGAGCCAGGCGGUGGGGAUGUCGCACAAAAGACAACGACGGUCUCGUCAGCAUCCAGACGAGAUGCGCCUUAUAUCCUCCCCUCCAUGCACGGCGACCCCUCCGCGCCGUGGUAUGACCUUCCCGCCGCAAAUUGGCUCCCCCUCAUCGAACCGAACUCGACACGACCCAUGAACCCCUCCAUGAUAAAGCCGCUACAGCUUGCCAGCGGGCCUGCCGACAAGAACCUUGUCGAAGCCGUGAAGAAGCUGCUAGGCGAUGUGGACAAGAUUUACUCCAAGGACGUCCGGCUUGAUGGAGACGCCUCGGUGGUGGAUAUCAGUCAGAUGGGCGAGAUCAUUGAACGGGAUGAGAUG